AUGAGCACCUCGAACGACCAGGACUUUCCAGUGAUCCACCUUUCUGACGACGGUUGGUCAACAGAAGAGGAAGCCACAGCGACCUGCUUUUGUGGAGGAGUGCAACUCGUUUUGCCACUACAAAAGCCUGGACUGAUUAAUCGUCAUGCCUGCCACUGCACUGACUGCCGCAAAAUUGGCUCCGCUUUUUACCAGUCCAACAUCACCGUGACAGACUCUUACCUCAGACAUGUGCGCGGUGCAGACAGUCUCACAACCUUCAGUGAACUCAAAACCAUUCGCGCAGGAGAAUCGAUGACGAACUAUUUCUGCAUUACAUGUGGGACUUUGAUGUACCGGCGUGGCGCCCGCUUCCCUGGACUGACGAUCCUGCGGACUGGCACCGUGAAUGGCAUUUCAUUAGCGGAGACCAAGUUACGACCUCAGGUAGAACAAUUCAUCGAGAGGAGGGUCGCCUGGUCGGUGCCGAUAGAAGGUACUGCACAGGUGGUAGCGAUGCACCGGCCGUUGGAUAUCGAGGGAUUCCGUGAAACA